CAAGAUGUCGGGAGCACAUGAAUCUUUGCAUAGCGGCUAUUUUCACCCCGUUUUACGAAGCUGGCAAUCGUUAAAUACGACUAUUACUCCCCAGAAUCUCAUAUUUCCCGUAUUUAUAACUGAUAAUGCAAACGCCAUUGAAGAAAUCACAAGUUUGCCGGGACAGGCUCGAUAUGGAGUCAACAGAUUAGAGGAGUUUUUGGAACCUUUGGUUAAGAAGGGGUUAAAGUGUGUGCUAUUGUUUGGUGUGCCACAGUCCCUUCCCAAGGAUGGUACUGGUACCAAUGCAGACUCCCCUGACACGCCUGUGAUCAAAGCCAUCAAAUUCAUCCGUCAGACUUUCCCUAGUCUUCUUGUUGCCUGUGAUGUCUGCCUGUGUCCCUACACUGAUCACGGGCAUUGUGGCAUUUUGCUCAAAGAUGGUACAGUCGACAAUGAGGCCAGCAUCAAGAGGCUUGCAGAGAUUGCCCUGGCGUAUGCCAAAGCAGGAUGUCAAGUUAUUGCUCCUUCGGACAUGAUGGACGGACGAAUCGGAGCAAUUAGAGAUACACUAAUGGCCGAGGGUCUCCGCAACAAAACAACCAUAAUGAGUUACAGUGCUAAAUUCGCUUCCAAGUUCUAUGGACCGUUUAGAGAUGCAGCCAAGUCAGCGCCAAGUUUCGGCAAUCGUCAAUCGUAUCAACAUCCACCGGCAUCGUCUGGUAUUGCAAUGAGAGCAGUGGAGCGGGAUGUGCAAGAGGGAGCUGAUAUCUUGAUGGUGAAGCCUGGCUUAGCUUAUCUUGACAUUGUUAGGCAAGCCAAGGACAAGUUUCCCAACUAUCCAAUGGCAAUAUAUCAAGUAUCGGGGGAGUAUGCCAUGUUGUACCACGGGAGUAAAGCUGGCGCGUUUGAUCUGAAGGAUAUAGUGUUUGAAGUUCUGACGUCAAUGAGACGAGCAGGAGCUGAUCUUCUCAUCACCUACUUCACCCCAAUGCUGCUGGACUGGCUGAUUCAGGACAGCUAAAGAAAAAGUCCAGAGUUUAAAAAAGACAGCUGCUGUUUAUUUAUGAAACGUUCAGAUGUAAAACAGAAAAGCUAUUUUGAAGUAGACAGUACCCUGGAUUUGAAUCGUACAAUCAUUUUGACCUACUGUGAGAUGUGAAAGACCCCUAUUGGCGACUUUGUGUAACUUUAUUUUGCUUGCCUAGCUGCUGCCUAUAGAUACUGUCCCUUUAAGUUCAUGCAUAUAACACGGUUGGGUGAUAACUAUAUACACCUUUUACAUAUUGCACAUUCUCUGUUACAAUUCAACUGACGACUCCAGUUAAUAUAUGCUCUAUUAUCUCACAGCUGCAACUACUCAUUGAUGUUUGAUGAUUAUGUAUGUUUGUAUAUCAUUUGUAUUCUGUAUAUGCAUGCCUUGUGCAAAGUAAAUGCUUAUUGGGGAUAUCAUUAGCUAAUAAACAACAUAAUAAAAAACUUA